GCCGCUGGUUCGCACCGGGCUGCGGGGAGAAAGUCCAGGGUCCAGGGCUCGGAGGAUCAUGCGGAGCCCGCCUCCUGCCCCCGCGUGGAACUUUGUCCCGCCUGUGGGUUCCAGAUCGGAGACUUGGGCUGAUGAUCAAUACAGCUCCCCACAUGUGUGAUCUAAUCAAGCAUCUUCUCCUCUCUCCAAGGCAGCAGCGUUUUAUGGCAUCUCCUCUCUGCCAGGCUCGCCCGGCUUCUCUGGGUUAUAAACUUUUGAUGCCAGACCUCCGCAGAACCUGCCCAACCGCAUUGUAAAGUAGCAUCUCCGAGAGAGAGGCAGAGGCAGAGCCAUCCGUGACCUUCAUCCCGCACCUUCCUUCCUGCUCUCCCUUCCAGGCUGCCUCCCGCCUCCCCGGGGAGCGUCAAGAAAGCGCUUUUUAGAUGCAGGAGGGGCAUCUGGUUCUGCCAGGCAGGAGAGCUGAGGCAGAAGAACCACUAGACUCCGGAGAGCCUGGACUCGCUUCUCCUGCUCCCUCCCGGCGCCCGGCUCGCUCCUCCCUGCCUCUCCCCACGCCGCUGCCUGAGCCCCGCUGGCCUGUGGGGCGGGGCCCCAGGACCCUGCUGCGGCCGGCCUUCGGGGAAGUUGUGGCUGUCGAGGAUGGGGGUCUGUGGGUACCUGUUCCUGCCCUGGAAGUGCCUCGUGAUCGUGUCUCUCAGGCUGCUGUUCCUUGUACCCACAGGAGUGCCGGUGCGCAGCGGAGAUGCCACCUUCCCCAAAGCUAUGGACAACGUGACGGUCCGGCAGGGCGAGAGCGCCACCCUCAGGUGUACCAUAGACGACCGAGUCACCCGGGUGGCCUGGCUAAACCGCAGCACCAUCCUCUACGCUGGGAAUGACAAGUGGUCCAUAGACCCUCGUGUGGUCAUCCUGGUCAACACACCAACCCAGUACAGCAUCAUGAUCCAGAAUGUGGACGUGUAUGACGAAGGCCCCUACACCUGCUCUGUGCAGACGGACAACCACCCCAAGACCUCCCGGGUCCACCUCAUCGUACAAGUUCCUCCACAAAUCAUGAACAUCUCCUCAGAUAUCACUGUGAACGAGGGAAGCAGCGUGACCCUGCUGUGUCUUGCUAUUGGCAGACCAGAGCCAACUGUGACGUGGAGACACCUGUCUGUCAAGGAAGGCCAGGGCUUUGUGAGCGAGGACGAAUACCUGGAAAUCUCUGACAUCAAACGUGACCAGUCGGGGGAGUAUGAAUGCAGCGCCUUGAACGAUGUGGCUGCUCCUGAUGUGCGGAAAGUCAAAAUCACCGUCAACUACCCUCCCUAUAUCUCAAAAGCCAAGAACAUGGGUGUGUCCGUUGGUCAGAAGGGCAUUCUGAGCUGUGAAGCAUCUGCCGUGCCCACCGCUGAAUUCCAGUGGUUCAGGGAAGACACCAGGCUAGCCACCGGCCUGGACGGCAUGAGGAUUGAGAAUAAAGGGCGCAUAUCCACUCUGACUUUCUUCAAUGUUUCAGAAAAGGAUUAUGGGAACUAUACUUGUGUGGCCACAAACAAGCUUGGGAACACCAACACCAGCAUCACACUGUAUGGGCCUGGAGCAGUCAUUGAUGGUGUAAACUCGGCCUCUAGAGCGCUGGCUUGUCUCUGGCUAUCAGGGACCCUCUUUGCUCACUUCUUCAUCAAGUUUUGAUAAGAAACCAUAGGUUCUCUGAGCAACGCCUGCUUCUCCAUAUCACAGACUUUAAUCUACACUGCGGAGGGCAAACCAGUUUGGGC